GGACAACAGUCGUCAGCAUCUGACAUUAAAACAAACUCUCGGUUUCUGCAGCUGAUUGAUGUGUUCAUGCGUCUCAGGAUUCAGGACUCGUCACCUUGACGAGAUGCAACCUUUGAUCCGGGUGAGGCAGGAAAACCCACAGCUAUACUUUCCCCUUCGAGGGCAAAAGUCCAGAACCAGAUCAGGGCAAAGGUGGACCCAGCUUUGUGCUCCACCUGACGUGCUGCUGUCAAGUUGAUGCCACUCAACUCUUUAAGAGAAGGAGCAAAUGCAAGAUGAGCGCCACAGGAGAAUCAAUCCUAAGCAACGGUGUCGCAGCCAUGGAUCUUCACGCUGACAGCAUCCCUCCAGAUUCAGAGAUCUCUGUCAACCAGAACCAGAAACCUCCUCCAGCACCAGCUCAAAAGCUCGCUUCCCCAGACGCGAAGGAAGUCGCUGAAGGUCUUUCAACAGAGGAGCCCAGGGUCGUUCCCAUGUCGACACAGAGUCUGGCAACAACCUUGGCCCCUGCCGACAAGCUGUGGAGCGCCAGCAGAGACAAGGCGGUCAAUCUGAGGAUGGAGGCGUCUGGUCCGGGCUCAGAGACCCCAGUCACGAUUCAUCAGAUGUUUCUGGAGACGGUGGAGAGGAGCGGGGACCAAACCGCUUUGGUCUUCAAAGAAGACGGCCAGACGGCAUCUCUCACCUGGAGGCAGUACUAUGAGCAGUGUCGUGCAGCGGCCAAAAGCUUCCUGAAGCUGGGCCUGGAACGUUUUCAUGGCGUUGGGAUUCUGGGGUUUAACUCCCCCGAGUGGUUCAUUUCUGACAUCGGCUGCAUCUUUGCAGGUGGGUUGGCAGCCGGCAUUUACACGACCAAUUCCCCAGAGGCUUGCCAGUAUGUGGCUGCCAACUGUGAGGCCAACAUCCUGGUUGUGGAGAACCAGAAGCAGCUCGAUAAAAUCCUGCAGGUUAAAGAUCAGUUACCUCACCUGAAGGCUAUUAUCCAGUAUAAAGGCAAGCUCCAACAGAAAACUUCAAUCCUCUACUCAUGGGAAGAGUUCAUGAAGGUUGGAGAGGACGUCUCAGACGAGCAGCUGAACGCCGUGAUUGACAGCCAGCGAGCCAACGAGUGCUGCACCCUCAUCUACACCUCUGGAACCACCGGCAACCCUAAAGGAGUCAUGCUGAGCCAAGACAACAUAACUUGGACGGCCCGUAUUUCUUCUGGCUUGAUUUGUAAAAACUACGGUCAGGAGAUCCUGAUCAGCUACCUGCCUCUGAGCCACGUUGCAGCCCAGAUGGUUGACAUUUGGAUCAGCAUGAGUUUUUCAGGAACCACCUACUUUGCAGAGCCAGAUGCCCUCAAGGGUUCCCUGGUUAACACGCUGAAAGAAGCUCGACCAACUUGUUUUCUCGGGGUUCCCCGAGUGUGGGAGAAGAUGCAGGAAGGGAUGAGAGCUGGAGGAGAGAAGGCCUCCCCUCUGAAGAAGAGGGUGGCAGACUGGGCCAAGUCAAUUGGGCUGCAGUACAACUACAGUGCAAUGGAGGGGGAGAAUUUGGUCCCUUGGGGCUUCAUGUUGGCCAACAAUCUGGUUUUUAAGAAAGUGCGUGCCGCCUUGGGCUUGGACCGCUGCAGGUACUGCUUCACGGGGGCGGCCCCGAUCACCAAAGACACUUUGGAGUACUUCUUAAGCCUGAACAUCCCAGUGAAGGAGCUUUAUGGAAUGAGCGAAAGCUCCGGCCCUCACACCGUCUCCAUUGAUGAGUACCGCAUUGGAAGUUGUGGAAAAGUAAUUCCAGGCAGUAAAAUAAAACUGAAUAACCCAGAUGAGGAAGGGAACGGAGAGGUGUGUUUCUGGGGUCGCAAUGUCUUCAUGGGUUACCUGAACAUGCCUGACAAAACAGAAGAAGCUCUUGAUGAGGACGGCUGGCUGCACUCGGGAGACCUGGGGAAAUUUGACCAGGAAAACUUCCUGUACAUCACUGGGAGGAUCAAAGAGCUGAUCAUCACCGCCGGCGGUGAGAACAUCCCUCCAGUGCCAAUUGAGGAUGCAGUGAAGAGUGAACUUCCUAUCAUCAGCAACACCAUGCUAAUUGGAGACAAGCUCAAGUUCCUCUCCAUGCUGAUCACACUUAAAUGUGUCAUGGAUGACAACGGCGAGCCCUUGAAUGAGCUGAGCUCAGAGGUUUUGGACUUCUGCCGGCGGCACAGUGUUACUGCCACCAAGGUGUCAGAGAUCACAGCCAAUAAGGAGCCUGCUAUCUACAAAGCUAUUCAGGAAGGCAUAGAUCGUGUCAACGCAAGAUCGACGUCCAACGCCCAGAAAAUCCAGAAGUGGGUCGUGCUGGAGCGAGAUUUCUCUGUCGUUGGAGGAGAGCUGGGACCCACCUUGAAACUGAGAAGACCCAUUGUUGUGAAAAUGUACCAGGAAAAAAUUAACGAACUGUACUCAGGAGCUGCAGAAAGACAGUAGACUGCAAGGCAGAGAGCAGAGGUGCUCAUGGGAAAUGUGGCCAGAAACAGAAGAGAGGUUUGUGUUGCCAAAAGCUGCGAGGACGGCUCUCUUUGUUUUGAAUGUAAAUCCACGUCACACAGUUUGACACCAACCGCACAUGAAAUAAAGGCAAAGCAGAGCCAUUUUGUUCCCCAAACACAGUGGUGGGAGGUUCAAGGCCACUAAGUAAAGACAAUAGGACGGGACGGUGCAGCUUAAAUGAGUUCAAAUGUUUACCUGCAAGAAAAAAUUCUUAAAGACAACUCCAGAAACAUUCCUGUUUUUUUUUUUUUUUUUUGGUGAAAUACAUUUGAAUGCAGCCCAACUUUUAAAUAUUUUAUUACAUGUGCAUCACAUGGUCCCCAUGACAACCAGGGGUUGAAGAAAUAUUUCUUGAAAAAACAAGAAUGUCAGCUUUCACAACAAGUGCAAUGAAGAAUUAUUCUGUAUGUCUGAAAUAUUUGUUUUGAAAUAUUUAUUUAGUGGUAGAUUUUUCUUCAUAAAGGGAAAAAAAGGCUGAAUGCUGACAUGUACUGUUUUCUGUUAAAAUCAUCAUGUUUGUCAGUUUCAGCACAUACAGUGCAUGUGAAGGGGUACAUUGUCAAUGGAAAUCAAUCAUAUAAAACAAAUAAUUGCUGCUGAAUUAAAUAUUUGUUAAAUAAUUGUAAUAUCUUCUCAAUUUUUCUACAAUUAAAUCUGACUCUGAAUCAAUAUUAAAGGUUGUUUAAAUCAAUUUAUUAUGUUAUUUCAAUUAUUUUCAAAAUAAGCAGAAAUUGGUGAGCAAAGAACAAAUGAAAUAAAUUAAAUGUAUUUGGUUGUUUUUUGAAUAUUUGUGAUGUUUUUUCAUAUUGAUACCGAUACUAUAAAAGCGCUGUAGUGAUUUUCAUUAGAAAUUGAGAACCUGUUCAACUAAAAAAUGCACAAUAUAAA